UGGAAGGAGGAUAAAAAGGGUAUUUAAUAUUAUUAAAUAUACCUCCUAACCAAAUUUUACGCGAGAAAAGAAUUAAUUCUUUCUUAUUUAUAAAAGAAGAAUGGGAGAAAUACUUUGUUUAUUUGUUAAUGUUAUUUUCCAAAAAUAAGCACACUUUAUUUACUUGUAAUUCUGGCCAAAAAUUUAUAAUUUCGCCCAAAAUGACUGUAAUGCAUGAUCCUAUAUCAACAUUUUCUCGAUAUUUAAGCAAUACAAAUAAUGAAUAUUUAUUAAAUAUUUGGAAAAAAAAAGUUAAGAUUAUCCCAAAAGAUUUAACACACAAAGGUAAUAUGGAAAUGUCAAUGUUAGACGAAGAAGUUAAUCACCGUCCUGACUUAGCAAAAAAAUAUUUGGGAAAAUGGGUUUCUUGUUCUGAAAGUGAUAAUAAUAGUAUUAAUUUGCUAGAAGAUUUAGAAAUUAAAAUAAUUGAUAAAAAUAAGUCAGUUAUUUUAAAAUGUAAUGGUGAAGCCAUAGGUGCGGUCAUAUGUGAUGCAGCCAUAAAAAAAUUAUCAGAACAUUUUGGAAUAAAAAUUAAAUCGAUAAUUGAAGGUCAUCCUAUCAUCAAACGUGCAAAUUCACAUGCAUCUUUAGGAAAAAUGGUUGGUGAUAGAUUCCGUGCCAAUCGUUUAAAAACUGGUUAUGACAAAUAUGUUUAUAAAACUUCUAAUCCUGAGCAACAAAAAAUACUUUGCGAGAAUGGAAUUACUUUGGCUAGAUGGUUAUUUGAAUUUGGAAAGCAACAUUUGCACUGGGCUGUCAUUUCUUAUGAAGAUUUUAAAAAUCAAUUAGGAUUAGGUGAUGAUGAAAUUAUAGGUGCAGUAUUUUGUACUGAAAAUUAUGAAGCAAUUGGACAUAAAGACAAUGACCGAUCAAAAUAUGCUGUGGAGAGGAAGGGACAGUUAAAGAUGGAUUUUUUUUUUACCCAGAGUAUGGUAUUGCAAUCGAAAUGUCGUCAAAUUCCAUCUGGUGCUGGUUAA